AUGCAUUUCGCAUACCCUUCGCGAAAAGCGUCGAAUCCACCGCCCUUCAAACCCCGCUCCUCGCGCUUCCCGGUUCUUCUUCGCAAGGGCAGACUACGGACGAUAGCGCUCUUCGGCGUCGCCGUGCUCUUCCUCCUCUACCUCUUCUCCGGCGGCUCGAGGCAAAGGACGAAAUCGCGACAUGUACCCAGCGGGACGCCGCCCGUGGUGAUGGUUACGGUUCUGGAUAGCGCACAUGGGCUGCCUUACAUGGAGACGGUCAGGGAGAACCGGAUAAGCUAUGCCAAACUACACGGCUACGAAACCUUUUUCGUACAUGUCGGAGAUUACGACCUUCACGGCUCAGCUAUGUCCUGGACCAAAGUGGUCGCUAUGAGGCACGCCCUGAACAAGUUUCCCGACUGCCAGUACAUCUGGUUCCUCCACCAAGAUGCCUUCAUCAUGAAUCCCAAGAUCUCCCUGCAUAAGGAUAUACUGGCUCCCGGGAAGCUCAACGAGUUGAUGAUGCGCAACCAGCCGGUCGCUCUUCCGGAUAGCAUCAUCCAUACGUACCAGGCGCUCAAACCCGACAAUGUUGACCUUGUGGUCACGCAGGAUGCAGGGGGAAUGUCCCCCGAUAGUAUGGUAAUAAGAAACACGGAAUGGGCGGAGUUCUUCCUCGAUACCUGGUACGAUCCGCUCUACAGGGGCUACAACUUCCAAAAGGCCGAGAUCCACGCUCUCGAGCACAUCGUGCAAUGGCACCCCACUAUUCUCUCGAAGCUCGCACUGAUCCCCCAGAAAUUUCUCAACUCGUACAGUCGCGAGACUCUCGGGCAAAAGUAUUCGGACGGCGACUUUGUGGUUCGGUUUGCCGAGUGCACCAAGACGGGGGACACGAGCUGUCAACAGGAGGCUGGCCGGUAUAAUGAGCUGAGACUGCAUGCAUUCGCUAGCGCGUGA